GGUACCUCUAACCUACUAUAAUUUUAUUUUAGUGACUUGAUAAUAAAAGUGUUUAUAAACUAUAUUUUCUGUAAAUUGGAAAUGUUGUGUUACCUAUUGUCAAGCGGAGCAACUCACUUAAAAUGGCAUUAAUAAGAACUGGCCUUCAGAGGCUUGCUAGUAUAUUUAGUAGCGGACACGGUGGAUUCGGACUGUUUUCUAGAUUUGCAACACAAAACCACUGCAUAUCAGAAACUACAAAAGAUGUGAUAUCAACAUGUAACAAAUUAAUUGAAGAAAGAUCGUCUCGAAAUUUUGCUAUAGUUCAUUUAUUGGGCAAACAGUGGCGAGUUACGGAUGGAGAUUUGUUAGUAGUAGAAGGAUACUGGCCACCAAACAUAGGAGAUAAUAUAACAUUAGACAAGGUUAUGCUAGCAGCGACUAAAGAUUUCUCAUUGAUUGGAAGACCACUAGUUCAACCGGGUCUUGUUACAGUUACAGCUACAGUAAUUUCUAAAGGACUCUCACACACAAAGACUCAUUUUAAAAAGAAAAGAAGAAAGCAAUAUAUGAGAAUAAAUUUUCAAAGAAAUGAACAAACCAUGUUGAGAAUUAACUCUGUUGUUAUAGCUAAUAAGAUAAAUGAAUCCCCAAAAAAUGUAUUUUAACCUUAGCAAGCUUAUUAGCAAUCUGCAUUAUAUUAAUGUUAUCCUAUGCAUAGAUGCAAGUGUAAGAUUAGUUAUAUUCUGCAAUAGACAGCUUUGUAACAUAGCAUAAGGUCAAUAAAUAAUUGCAACAUA